AUGUCCACAAAGAACAAUGAUUACACAACCAACGAUGUUCUCGCAAUUCUUGAUGGUGACAAAAGCGAUUUCAGUGAGGGUGGUUAUACUGAUUGGUCUGAAGAUGACAGUAUGUCUUGUGGGGACAAAUCAUGGAGCUUGGCUGAGGCUGGUUUUCAGAAUGAACCAGUAUUGAGUGGCAACGAAGAUGAUGGUUGCAAUUGCAAUGGUGAAGAUCCCGAGGUUUAUAAUAGUGCUGAGGACAUACCCUUGACUGCCAGAUUAGUCAACAACAAGAAUCGCAGUGUCCAGUAUAUAUGGAAAAAGAAAACAUUCAAGCCACAGAGUGACAAAUUUCAAGGAAAAACUGUGACGGCCACAGAUCCUAUUGGUUUGUCUGAAACGCCAUUACAGUAUUUCAAGCGAUUCGUUACUGACAAAAUGUUAGAGCAUAUUGUGGAGCAUACCAACCGAUAUAGCACACUGAAACAUGGAAGAUGUGCCAAUGCAUCUUUGAAAGAAAUGGAGCAGUUAUUAGGUAUGUAUUUCAAAAUGGGUCUUGCUGAAAUGCCAUCUUACAAAAUGUAUUGGGAAAAUGGAACUAGAUACCCAGCAGUUGCUGAUAUUAUGAGCAGGAACAGGUUCAAGCUGCUUUUGGGUACAAUUCAUUUUGUGGAUAAUGAAAUUGUUACUGAUGACAAGAAGAAAAACAAGCUUUGGAAAGUUCAACCAUUCUUGGAAAUGUUUCGCAUGCAAUGCCUUCAAGUCAUUCCAAUUCAGCAUCAGUCAAUUGAUGAAAUGAUGAUUCCAUACAAAGGUAAGUUUGGCAACAUUCGUCAGUAUGUAAAAGGCACACCCCAUCCCUGGGGAUUCAAGGUUUGGUGUAGGUGCUCACCGAGUGGCUUGCUACAUGACUUUGAAGUCUACCAAGGAAGAGUUGAGGGGAGAAAAAAGAGUGAAUAUGGUGUUGGUGGCUCAGCUGUUUUGAAAUUGUGCGAAACUCUAGAAAAAUAUGCUCAGUAUAAAAUAUAUGCUGACAACUUUUUCACCUCUAUCAAGCUGAUUGAGAAGCUUUCAGCAGAUGGAUUUUUAUACGCUGGAACAGUGAGGCAAAACUGUUUGGGCAAAGCUCUGAAAUCCAAGCUUUUACCAGAAAAAGAUCUCAGUCGAAAUGGCAGAGGCUCCUACGAUGUUAGAGUUGAAUCCACCAGAAGUAUCGUCUGCCUCAGGUGGCUUGAUACCAGGGCAGUCACCAUGUUAUCCAACUAUGCUGGCGCUGAACCAAUUGACCAAGCUCGUCGUUAG